CACAAUGCUAUGAGAGCUCCAAAUACAUUUCGUUCAGCAAGAAAGAAAUCCUUAAAGAACUCUGCACUAUCUAUGACAGCCCUCUCGAUGUGACUGUGUAAGUUCCCUGCCUUGCGGAAACAACUGAAGAUGAUAAGAAUUACUCACAUAGGAAGAACACAUUUGGUAAGAAAUUUGGAUUACAGUUUCACUUGCAGUGAGGGAGCCUUCCUUUUAGGUGAAGGAGUUGACGUAGAGACAAAAGCGGUAUAGCUGAAAAAGAUGGAGGAACACCGGAUUCAUAUGAUAAUACAAAUGAUGGGUCUCCUGCUAUUUGCUCUCCCACAUUACUCUGACACCUUAAAUCUAAACCUGGUUAACUUCACAGAAUUCUCUGGCCCUGAGGGAAGCUUCUUUGGCUUCUCUGCAGAUUUCUAUCAGUUUAGCAACAACACGUGAGUAUUGCAAUGUACUAUUUGGUAAGUUUUGGCUAUGCUUCAUUCAGUAGGGUUUGCAUAGUUUUUAUGGUAUCUGUAAACUACACUAUAUAUACAAAAGUAUGUGGACACCCCUUCAAAUUAGUGGAUUCGGCUAUUUCAGCCACACCCGUUGUUGACAGGUGUAUAAAAUCGAGCACACCGCCAUGCAAUCUCCAUAGACAAAUAUUAGCAGUAGAAUGGCCAACUGAAAAGCUCAGUGACUUUCAACGUGGCACUGUCAUAGGAUGCCACCUUUCCAACAAGUCAGUUUGUCAAACUUCCGCCCUCCUAGAGCUGCCCCGGUCAACUGUAAGGGCUGUUAUUGUGAAGUGGAAACAUCUAGGAGCAACGUCUCAGCCACGAAGUGCUAGGCCACACAACCUCACAGAACGGGACCGGCGAGUGCUGAAACGCGUAGUGCGUAGAAAUUGUCUGUCAGCAGUUGCAACAAUCACUACCGAGUUCCAAACUGCCUCUGGAAGCAACGUCAGCUCAAUAACUGUUCGUCGGGAGCUUCAUGAAAUGGGUUUCCACUGCCGACCAGCCACACACAAGCCUAAAAUCACCAUGAGGAAUGCCAAGCGUCUGCUGGAGUGGUGCAAAGUUGGCCGCCAUUGGACUCUGGAGCAGCGGAAACGUGUUCUCUGGAGUGAUGAAUCACGCUUCACCAUCUGGCAGUCCGACAGACGAAUCUGGGUUUGGCGGACGCCAGGAGAACGCUACCUGCACCAAUGCAUUGUGCCAACUGUAAAGUUUGGUGGAUGAGGAAUAAUGGUCUGGGGCUGUUUUUCGUGGUUUGAGUUAGGCACCUUAGUUCCAGUGAAGGGAAAUCUUAAUGCUACAGCAUACAAUAACAUUCUAGAUGAUUCUGUGCUUCCAACAUUGUGGCAACAGUUUGGGGAAGGCCCUUUCCUGUUUCAGCAUGACAAUGCCCCCGUGCACAAAGUGAGGUCCAUACAGAAAUGGUUUGUCAAGAUCGGUGAUGAAGAACUUGACUGACCUGCACAGAGCCCUGACCUCAACCCCAUAGAACACCUUUGGGAUGAAUUGGAACGCCGACUGCGAGCCAGGCCUAAUCGCCCAACAACAGUGCCCAACCUCACUAAUGUUCUUGUGGAUGAAUGGAAGCAAGUCCCCGCAGCAAUGUUCCAACAUCUAGUGGAAAGCUUUCCUCUUAAGGAUCUGACCGUUUUUUUCAAUUUUCGCCUAAAAUGACAUAACCAAAUCUAACUGCCUGUAGCUCCAUUUGAAAGGAAACACUUUGAAGUUUGUGGAAAUGUGAAAUGAAUGUAGGAGAAUAUAACACAUUAGAUCUGGUAAAAGAUAAUACAAACUAAAAUACAUGCUUUUUUGGUUUUUUUUUGUUCCAUCAUCUUUGAAAUGCAAGAGAAAGGCCAUAAUAUAAUAUUGCAGUUUAGGCGCAAUUUAGAUUUUGGCCACUAGAUGGCAGCAGUGUGUGUGCAAAGUUUCAGAUUGAUCCAGUGAAGUAUUGCAAUACUGGACUAUUUUGUAUCAAGUCUGCCCAAAUGUGCCGAAUUGGUCAAUUGAUACAUUUUCAAGUACACAACUAUAGAGAACAUACAAAAAUGAUAUGGUAAAACAAAACGUAAAUUUACACACUCCCAGGAAUGUCAUACAUGAUGGAUAAUUAGCUUAUACACUAACUUUCACACAUCUAGAUGGCUGGGCGGGGUGGGUGUGGAGCCAGAGACAGCAGGGGUUCAAACUGUAGAACUCAGUUCCUACAUUUGAAUAUAAAAAUGGAUUUGAUCAAACAAAACUAUGCUACAUUUUAUCUCUGGGACCCUUAGGAUGACAAAUCAGAGCAAGAUUACUGAAUGUAAGUACACUAUUUACCUUCAGAGGUGAAUGUAUCAAACCAGUUGCCGUGAUACGUUUUUUGUUGUUGUGCACUCUCCUCAAACAAUAGCAUGGUAUUUUUUCACUGUAAUAGCUACUGUAAAUUGGACAGUGCAGUUAGAUUAACAAGAAUUUAAGCUUUCUGCCCAAAGAAGACAUGUCUAUGUCCUGGAAAGUUUGCUGUUACUUACAACAUUCAUGCUAAUCACAUUAGCACAUUUUAGCUCAACUGUCCCGUAUACGGGACACCGAUCCCGUAGAGGUUAAUGCCCAUGAUUUUGGAAUGAGAUGUUUGACGAGUAGCUGUCCACAUACUUUGGGUCAUGUAGUGUAUAUGCUGGUAUUACUCUUACAUUAAAUUAGGUAAGUUAUGUGGUGUUUGAAUGGCUUUUCAUCAGAUGCUUGUCUGAAAUCCCAGAGGUUAUUUUAACCCUAUUUUUUUCUGUCCCACAGCAUCAGUGUUGUGGUUGGGGCCCCCAGAGCCAACACAAGUCAGCCAGGAGUCACUGAGGCGGGGGCUGUGUAUCUCUGUCCCUGGGCACAGACAGGAGGCGCCUGUACUACCAUGACCUUUGACACAAAAGGUAAACAUUUACGUAUCAACAGUCAAAUUCAUGCAUUUCUCUAUUUUUUACUGAUGCUGUAGCAUACUGUAGAUCAGUAAGUACAAUACAAGUCAAAAGUUUGGACACACCUACUCAUUCAAGGGUUUUUCUUUAUUUGUACUAUUUUCUACAUUGUAGAAUAAUAGUGAAGACAUCAAAACUAUGAAAUAACACAUAUGGAAUCACGUAGUAACCAAAAAGUGUUAAAUAAAUCAAAAUAUAUUUGAGAUUCUUCAAAGUAGCCACCCUUUGCCUUGAUGACAGCUUUGCACACUCUUGGCAUUCUCUCAACCAGCUUCACCUGGAAUGCUUUUCUAACAGUCUUGAAGGAGUUCCCACAUAUGCUGAGCUGUGUUGGAUCAUUGUCCUGUUGAAAAACAAAUGAUAGUCCCACUAAGCGCAAACCAGAUGGGAUGGCUUAUCACUGCAGAAUGCUGUGGUAGCCAUGCUGGUGCCUUGAAUUCUAAAUAAAUCACAGACAGUGUCACCAGCAAAGCACCCCCACACCAUCACACCUCCUCCAGGCUUCACGGUGGGAACCACACAUGCAGAGAUCAUCCGUUCACCUACUCUGCGUCUCACAAAGACACGGGGGUUGAAACCAAAAAUCUCAUAUUUGGAAUCAGACCAAAGGACAGAUUUCCACCAGUCAAAUGUCCAUUGCUCAUGUUUAUUGGCACAAGCAAAUAUCUUCUUAUUAUUGGUGUCCUUUAGUAGUGGUUUGUUUGCAGCAAUUCGACCAUGAAGGCCUGAUUCACGGAGUCUACUCUGCACAGUUGCUGCUGAGAUGUGUCUGUUACUUUAACUCUGUGAAGCAUUUAUUUGGGCUGCAAUCUGAAGUGCAGUUAACUCUAAUGAACUUAACCUCUGCAGCAGAGGUGACACUGGGUCUUCCUUUCCUGUGGCGGUCCUCAUGACAGCCAGUUUCAUCAUAGUGCUUGAUGGUUUUUGUGACUGUACUUGAAAAAACUUUGAAAGUUCUUGAUUUUUUCCAGAUUGACUGACCUUCAUGUCUUAAAGUAAUGAUGAACUGUCAUUUCUCUUUGCUUAUUCGAGCUGUUCUUGCCAUAAUAUGGACUUGGUCUUUUACCAAAUAGGGCUAUCUUCUGUAUAACCCCCCUACCUUGUCACAACACAAGUGAUUGGCUCAAACGCAGUAAGAAUGAAAUAAAUUCCACAAAUUAACUUUUAAGGAGGCACACCUGUUAAUUGAAAUGCAUUCCAGGUGACUACUUCAUGAAGCUGGUUGAGAGAAUGCCAAGAGUGUGCAAAGCUGUCAUCAAGGCAAAGGGUGGCUACUUUGAAGAAUCUCAAAUAUAUUUUGAUUUAUUUAACACUUUUUGGUUACUACGUGAUUCCAUAUGUGUUAUUUCAUAGUUUUGAUGUCUUCACUAUUAUUCUACAAUGUAGAAAAUAGUAAAAAUAAAGAAAAACCCUGGAAUGAGUAGGUGUGUCCAAACUUUUGAAUGGUACUGUAAGUAAAGUAGGUAUUUAUUUAUUCUGGGCUCAAUUACAAAAAAGGUUGACAAACUGAGCUGUCUGAUGUAAAUACAGGUGAUGAGGUUUAUCCUCACCAGAACUUAGGGAUAAGGUCUUCAAAGUCCCACCAGUGGUUUGGAGCUACUGUGCGAUCCUCCGGAAACUACAUUGUGGUGAGUUUUUCCAGCCAUUGUGGCACAAUACUCUUCCCACUCUCUCUGACUCUUUGAAUUCUCAUAAACCAGUCACUCAUUGUGUUGUGAGUCUGAAGGCCGCUGUAUACAGUCACUGUGCAGUAUAGAAUGCAUCAGAUAUCGAUCCUCUAAAUCUUUUACACAUCCCCUCUCCCUCCCUCGAUUUAUUUUAUUUCCUCUCCCACUGUCAUUCUCCCUUUAUCAUUAUGUUUCUACCAACCACUGACCCCCUCUCUCUUUCGACCAUUGUUAUGUUUGUAUGCCUCUGCUCAUUCUCUAAAUCCCUUUGUUUUACCCUUCUAUUUAUCUCUAUAUCACUUUCCUUCUCCCCCACUUUCUCUUUCUCUCUCUCCUCCCGUCUCUCUCUCCCUCCCUCACCCUGCGCCAGGCCUGUGCCCCCCUGUUCCACUGGAACGUGAUAGACGUGGGUAAACGUGACGAGGCCCAGAACACUCCAGUGGGGAACUGCCUAGUGUUGAACACACUGACGGGGAAAACGGUUGACUUCUCCCCCUGCAAAGAAGUCAUGACGGAGAAGGUUUACAAAGCCCUGAAGUACAGUAAGAGAUAUUAGUCAUGCCAUUAGUACCUGUACAGUACAGUACUUUUGUCCACUAAAAACUUAAAGGCUGCAUUUAUGCAUUCAGCCCAAUUUUGAUCUUUUACCACUAAUUGUUAUUUUGACCAAUCAGAUUGGGCAAAAGAUCAGAUUUGGGCUGCCUGUGUUAACGCAGCCAAACAAGCAUCCAGUCAGAACCGUGGUGGUAAUUUAGUAUUAUUCUCACUGCUAUGCCUCAAAACGACUAGGGCAUUCCUUCUUAAAAUAGCUGACUUCAUGUUCACAAGUUUGCCUGCUGGUCUUUCUUUCUACUCUGCGUGUUUUCAUCUUUAAUCCUAAUCUUGAUUCUCAGAUAACGACAGACGAUACUGUGAAGUGGGAUUUAGCUCCGACAUAACAAAGGUGCCCACACUCCAAACUUUUUCUUUUUGAUUCAUAUAAUGUUAUAUAUUGCACAGUAAUGUAGCAGAAUAGAUCAGUAAUGGUUAGAUCCACAUAGUUUAUGAUAUUUUAAGGUAGUAAUUACACCAACAGUGUUAUGAUACCAUCUAUAACAAUAAUUUGAUUUGUUUCUUGCUGUACUAUUCUAGGAGGGAAGACUCCUUAUUGGUGCCCCUGGAGGCUACUACUUUCAAGGUAACAUGUGUCAUCUGGUGUUCGGAGUGUGUUAACAAACUUAUUAGCCUGGUUAAACCAGAUUGAACCAUUCACUGCGGUAAAACAGUGAUGAGUGCAGCGUUCAGUCUGGUUUAACCAGGCUACAACAUGGUGUCUUCCAUAAUUGCAUUCAUCAACACUCCUAGGUAGAAUGUGUACAUUAAUAGCCCUGUUCUUAGGAUGUCUCUGGGAAGAUAAUGGUUGAUGAUGACUGAGUAUGAUGAAUUAUCAUGUUACUAGUCUCGGAAAUCCCAGACCUAGAGCAACAGCAUGUCAGAACAUUGUGUGGGAGGCAACCCGUCUGCUUUAUUUUACUAAUAUCACUGUGGAAUAUUAUGAAAUAAAUACGUAUAAACAUUACUAAAGUGUCUUCCCCAAAUGCUGAUUGCGGUGCUUAACCUUUCUGUUGCAGGUCAGAUCAUCAGUGCAGGACUGCUUGACAUUGUCAACAGUGCCAAGAGACAGAAUGCCAAACCUUAUGUGACAGGACAAACCCAUUCCCCUGAGACUGGUGGAUACGAUCGUUACCAUGGUAAGAGGGUUACACUCAAGACUUGUGGUCUAAAGCAAUUGUUUUCAAGCCUCUUCUCAGAGACGCCCAGAUGUUUCACUAUUUUGUUGUAGCCCUGAACUAGCAAACCAAAUUCACCUAAUCAAGGGCUUGAUGAUUAGUUGACAAGCUGAAUCAGGUGUGCUACCCCGAGAAGAUGUUUGAGAACCACUGGCCUAAAAUAUUCAGUCCAAUGAUAUUCAGAGACAUUCUCAUUAGUUCAAUAAACCAGAAAGGUUGAUGCGUUACACUGGUUCGCCAACAGGGUAUUCUGUGGCCACUGGCGAGUUCACUGGAGACUCAAUACCAGGUGAGAAAGUUUCCGUCAAAAGUGUCCACACAACCAGAUAAUUACUAGCCUGGCUCAGUUUGUACUAUCAUUCCAACUCAUUGUCAUGCCAAGCAUUUGUUCAUGUUUGGCAUGACAUGGAAUGGCAAGGAGUGGAAUGUUAGCACAUGGCACAGACUGGUGCCCAGGCUAGAGAAUAACUUCCUACACUUUAUGUGCCUGGUAGUGAUAGUGACAGCUGCACAAACCUUCAAACAUUUGUCGGUAAGAUACAAAAGGUUGAAACAUUUCUCAAUAAUUAAUGAUUGUGUUUUAAAUCCAGUACAAGUAUUUAUUUUCUGUUUCAGAUUAUGUGGUUGGGGUGCCUAAUGACCGCAACACAGCAGGAACAGUAAGGGCUCCCGAUGGCGUUAUGAUAAUUUACUUUUCAUUUAUUAGAGAGUGAUCUAAGCUAAUGUUUUGGUUUCUAUCCAGGUCAAAAUCUAUAAUGGAAAUGCAAUUAACUUUUUGGGAGUGAAACACACAUUCUUAGGCUCUCAGGUGAGACCAUACUUACAUAACUUACAUCAUACUUUAUUUUGAUUAACUUGUUUACAGGAGAGUGAUGAAGAAGUGAUCACUAUGUGACAUCAUGUCUAUACAGAUAGGCCUAUGUGUUGAUAUCUGAGUGAUGAGCGAUGUAAUCCACUCAAAACCACAUGCAUCUUUUAUCUUGCAGGUGGCCUCUUACUUUGGCCACAGCGUUGCAGUGACUGAUAUUAACAAUGAUGGGUAAGUAAGUCAGAACUCUCUUACUUACUUUUUUUUGUCCUUGAUCAUUGAAGUAUCAAACAUGAAUUUACCACCUGAUAACAUCUAAGCCACUGGUCGCUGGUUUGCUGUCUUGAGGAACCAUGAAAAAGAGCUCAAAUAUCCAGCCGUUCUUGCUCUGUCUACUACAGACGAGAUGACAUACUAAUCGGGGCGCCGCUCUUCAUGGAGCGUGUGUCGGGCCAGCAGUUACAGGAGGUGGGCCAGGUGAGUGAACACCUGAUGAGCCCUGGGUGGUCGAAAUGUUAUCAAAUAAAUCUAUCACAUGGGAGCAGAGUGCGCAGUCUCCAUUCACCUUUUAUUAACCAUUUUGUUUAUACCCAGCACCUGCUCCGAGACAAUGGAUGUGUGUAAUCCUUUCCCAGGUGAGUGUGUACCUGCAGAGAGAGCGCUCCACCUUCCAUUCCAAGCCAGACCAGAAGCUGACAGGUUCCCACGUGUACGGACGCUUUGGCAGCACCAUCGCCCCCCUCGGUGACCUGGACAAGGACGGUUUUAACGGUGAGGCUCUGAUAUACAGUAAUUUGACUUUUAGUACAUGUAUCUGCCCUUCUACUAUAGUAACUGCCUCAGGGGCAGCAGAAUCAGUAGUAUCUGGUUGUCUGGGUAACUUAACCAAGGAAUAUUAUUAAAUGUGAAAAUAUCCUCCGCAAAACACUUUGUUUCUGAUUGGAGAUUAAUCUUUGAUUUCAUGAUUCCCUCUUGAAAUGCUCGAUUUUCUAAUGGUGGGGAAUGGUUUUGUCAUAGCAGUCUUUCGAUGCACUCUGUCCAUGGAUUACUCAUCACUAUAAAGCGUUUCUCUCUCUCUCCCUCUCCCUCUCUCUCUCAGAUGUUGCUGUGGGAGCCCCAUCCUCAGGCGUUGAAGGGAGGGUUUUCAUCUACAUGGGAACUAGCAAUGGACUGUCUCCCCAGUAUACCCAAGUCAUUGAGAGUCCCUUCCAGUCCCUAGGCUCUCCAGCACAGUUUGGCUUCACCCUGAGAGGGGCCGUUGACAUUGAUUCAAAUGGCUACCCAGGUUAGUCUGAAAACGAACUCUUCGGAAACUGUGGGCUUGCUUACCUUGAUUUAGAAAAUAUGUGUAUUUGAUUAUAUUUCGGUUAUACAUGCGUUUUGACUUGAAGUAAUUGAUUCUAGCCCAAAAACAAGAUUUGAGAAGUUAUGGAACAACAAACCUUACUCCGCCAACAAUUCCCAACAAUCUCCUCAACAAUGUCCCUACCUCUCUUGUCAAGCCACAGUGUCAAUCCUGCCAAGACCACUUGGAGAUGUCAAACUGUACGAUCACUUGGAGGUCACGCUGUUCCCUUACGACUCCACUAUCAGCCUCCACUAUCAGCCUCUGACGCAGCCUUGUGCUUUUCGUUGUAGCUGACUACUACCCAAGGACAUAUUGCCACUGCUUAACAAAGGCCCCGUUCCUUUCAGUCCCAGUAAAAACGUCCUCUGACAUGUUGUUUGUCUCCCGUCCCCCUGGAGGCGAAGGCACAUUUCUCGGACACACAAGAGAAAAACAGAAAGGUCACUCAUCCAGUGGAGUGGCUGACAUUUGUCCGGGGAGAGCACUAAAUGGAGAUACAUUUGGUGCCCUGGGGUCCCUUGGAGACUAGUGAGCUACUCUCAACACAGCAAUGCUUUUUGAUGUGCAACACCUCUGGCUUUUAAAGACACUCAUGCAGGGACGGCUUGUUCAAUAGGGCGAUAUGGGCGACGCACUGCCAAACGGGAAAAGGAAGGGAUUUUUUUUCUAAUCAAUUAUAAAAAAUAAAAAUAAAAAAAAUAUAUUUUUUUUUUUUAUAAAUUUAUAAAAAAUUAUAUCACGGCAACAGCAGUUAUCAGUGUUCACGUCUGAUCUGACAGCCACUAAAUGUCAAAUCAGGCUAAAGUCGUGCUUCAAAUGGCCCCGCCCGUUUUUUGGGCGAUUUCAGUCAGGUUGAAAAUCGCCCAGAAGUCUCUCAUAGCCUGUCAUGUAAAAUCUAUUUUUUUCACAUUUCAAAGCUUUCAAUACAUUCUCUAUGGGUGUCUGUGGGCUUGCACUUACGCGCUUUCGUCAUACAUAACGUAACCACGAAUGAACGUAACUAAGAAAAGACCAGGUAGCAGCCUCAAUCAAUUCACUACUACUAUCAAAAUGGCUAGGCUUCAGUCCAACUCGAUUGUGUCUUUGAAAGAAGUUCCUUUUUGUCGGCGAACAAAUGAAGAUAAAUUGGCAACGAAACAAUUAGGACCUCCCAGACCAAAUUUAAUAAUUCAACAGGUUUCUACUAAAGGCGGAAAGUCCUACACCCGAGGAUUUUCCAAAAAUUGGUACGAACGAAAAAAGACAUUGCCACUCACUCAACUGGAUGACGAGGGAUACAGGCUAGCUGUCCGCCGCCACAACGAUGAGGUUAGUGUUGAUAAUCACAAGUUUACUGGAUGUGGAUAUGGUGUAAUAAAGGCAGUUUAUUCAGAGGUAAAUAUAUCUGGAAUCGCGUUCACGGACCCGUUCGUCAAACUCUUAGGGAGCUAUAAAUUAAGCAUAUCCAUAUCAGAUAAGAGAAAUUGCUGCAGCUACAUAUAUUUUACAUCCUGGCCCUACAUAGUUCACUAUUUGCAUCACUUACCAAAAUAUUACAUGUGGUCAUAUAUGCUUGGAAAGUGGAGAUGCCAUAGAACGUCAAAAAAGUAAACAUUGCUGGAGACACAUUGUCGUUUUGGAGAAGACAUCGCGUUUGCUAGCGAAGAGAUUUGUUGUGGCAAAUGAACUUGGCCUGGGAAUUGCCAGGAACCUCACGAUAAGAUAUAUGCAUCAGCAUUGCGAGUCUCAUGAUUCUAUACGUAUUGCGAUUCGAUACUGUGAUUUUAUUGCGCACCAUAUGUCUGUUGCAGAGGGAUCAGAAAGCCAUGAGAACGAGUUUUGAUCAGUCAUGGAAAUAAAAGUGCUGAAAACUAAUUGGCUCCCAAUGUGAAAAGAUUGAGAACAAGCUAUGAAGGAACAAUAAUGGUGUUUUGGUGCAGGUACAGCCAACUAGCGCUAAAAUAUUGCGAUAUUGUCAAUACAGUAUAUCGUAAAGUAUCACUAUGUAACUCGAUUUCUUUCACCCCAAUCCCUCAAAUUAACGGUAAAUAACUGAAUUGUUUGCCCCACAUUUAGCUAAGAUGAUUAGCUAGCCAGCUAAAAUGUUUUAUUUAGUUAGCAGUCGCAUCUACAAUAGUUUACUGUCAAUAACAUGUCUCCAAAAAUGACGUGGUGUCUCCAAUUGUGUUGACAUUUUACAAUUGCAAUGCGCACCCAUGAGUAUCCACUUUCUGUAGCUCAGCUGGUAGAGCAUGGUGCUUGUAACGCCAAGGUAGUGGGUUCGAUCCCCGGGACCACCCAUACACAAAAAUGUAUGCACGCAUGACUGUAAGUCGCUUUGGAUAAAAGCGUCUGCUAAAUGGCAUAUUAUUAUUAUUAUUAUUAUUAUUAUUAUUAUCUGAAGAGAGCCCCGAAACAUUGUGUGCAGACAUUUUAUGCAAUAAAUGAAGUAGGUUCAAUCUAGUAGUUCUGAUCUUCUGAUUGGUCCUGAUGAGUUGGGCGAGGUCACCUCCAGGCUACUGUCACUGUUGCAUUGGCUCUGAGUCGGGUUCUCUGUCUUCAAAUGUUCAGCCUAAGAGAGGGGAUUUUUGUGUGUGUGUGUGUGUGUGUUUAACAGUGAUGAUGUGUGUGUGUGUGUGUGUGUUUAACAGUGAUGAUGUGUGUGUGUGUGUGUUUGUGUGUGUGUGUGUCCUCAGAGCAAGAACUCGUGAGUUGGAAGAACUGAGAGGCCUAUGGCGUGGGUGUUGUCCUUGGCCACCUGCUGACAAGGCUGACAAGAUAGGACCCUUUUGUCCAUUGUUAUUGGAUAGGAACAGAACUUAUAACCAGCUCCUGACCUAAAUAGAUCUUAGCACAACAUUUUACUCAACAUAUCAUAUUCCAUAUUCACUAUAACAAAUAUAUUUACUACGACAUUAGCAAGAACCGCCACAUCCUCAGCCGGCUAAUCCAGUGUGUGAAGUUUUGCGGAGUGUUUGAGUUAGCUUUGCGAGGCAAAGAUGAAACUGAGGGCUCCACCAACCCUGGUAAGCCAACACUUUUGAGAUCAGUCAAUAAAUGCUUCUGGUAUUGACUUAUAUGCUGCCCCUGUCUUCAUGUUGUUGCUGGACAUAUCUUUUUUUUAAAUGUGUGUAGGUCACCUAAAUCAUCAGAAAAAUUGCCCCUCCUGAGAAUUUUUUCAGGAGCCGCCACUGCACUCAUGGCACUCUUUGUCUCUUGUCUCCCCAGUGAGGUCGUUACAGUUCAACUCUUUGGGACAAACUGGUCACUGUGAAAACGAUUUCCUUUUUUUUUCAGCUGACCUCUUUCCCUGAAAAUAGUUUUGUUUCUUAGGAGUCGCCGUGAUAUGAAAGCAGACGUCCUGGCUGUUAGCAAAGGGCAAUCAAUCCCAUGGACUAUUUUUGUGACGCUUUCAUGAGAAAGUGCUAUCGAUCAUGUAUAUCUUUUUUCAGAAGUUGUUUCAUGACCCUAUAUUUCUUACGUUUCAAGGCUAGAAAAAUAAGAGCUUGCAACUUGUUACUAUGAAUCUUUGUUGCCUCACAGAUCUAAUUGUUGGUGCAUGGGGAGUCAAUAAGAUUGCUGUGUACAGGUAAAGUAGUGUGAGAUAAACAAACAGUUUAUAUGUUACUUUAAAUUAACUCGAGAAAUGUUAUCUAUAGCAGGAUUAACAUUUGCAUUCACAAUGUACCCACAACGUCUGUUCAGUGGAAUGAAUGUCUAUUAGUAUUCUACAAUGUCUAUUUUUUCUCUGUUUGUGUGGGGUUGAACCAGGGCUCAAGCCGUGGUGAUGGCCAAAACCCAACUCUCCCUCUACCCUGACUUCUUGAACCCAGAUGUGAAGGAGUGUGAGCGCCCCACCACCAACGAGCCUGUGGCCUGGUAAAGAUUCUCCUCAUACCAGAGUAUCAUACCACUAGUGUGGGCAUUAACCAUAGCUGCGGGAAGCAGUUUGGGGGUUGGGGUGCUGCGUUGAUUCUUAUUAUUUCAUUAUUGUAUUUUUUUAAGGGUGGGGAGUGCUGAAAAAAGAUUUGUGCCUGCACUACAGACGCUAUAUCGGUCCGCUAAUAGCACUAUUAACGGUCCAGUGCAAUAUUUUGUGAACAAAUGUUUAAAAGUUGUAUUAAUAUUAUUUUUUAUUCCGAUUUUUUUAGGGGGUGCCGCAGCACCCUCAGCACCCCUACUUCCCGCCGCUAUGGCAUUAACCCAACUCACCUCUGCUGCAGGAAUGUUUGUGUAUUUUUGGCCAACUGGGAAGAACAUUUCUGAUGGACAAAUGUUGGUGGGCAUGGCAAGCAUGCACAUGUUGGCACUAUGUAGAAUUCCUGUAGUAUCCUAAGUGCCGAACACAUUAUUGAGAUGUGUGACAUGCCUGGACAGUUCCUGGUUGUGUUAGACCAGUGGCGGCUCCUGAAAAAAUUCUCAGGAGGGGCAAUUUUUCUGAUGAUUUAGGUGACCUACACACAUUUAAAAAAAAGAUAUGUCCAGCAACAACAUGAAGACAGGGGCAGCAUAUAAGUCAAUACCAGAAGCAUUUAUUGACUGAUCUCAAAAGUGUUGGCUUACCAGGGUUGGUGGAGCCCUCAGUUUCAUCUUUGCCUCGCAAAGCUAACUCAAACACUCCGCAAAACUUCACACACUGGAUUAGCCGGCUGAGGAUGUGGCGGUUCUUGCUAAUGUCGUAGUAAAUAUAUUUGUUAUAGUGAAUAUGGAAUAUGAUAUGUUGAGUAAAAUGUUGUGCUAAGAUCUAUUUAGGUCAGGAGCUGGUUAUAAGUUCUGUUCCUAUCCAAUAACAAUGGACAAAAGGGUCCUAUCUUGUCAGCCUUGUCAGCAGGUGGCCAAGGACAACACCCACGCCAUAGGCCUCUCAGUUCUUCCAACUCACGAGUUCUUGCUCUGAGGACACACACACACACACAAACACACACACACACACAUCAUCACUGUUAAACACACACACACACACACAUCAUCACUGUUAAACACACACACACACACACACAUCAUCACUGUUAAACACACACACACACACACACAAAAAUCCCCUCUCUUAGGCUGAACAUUUGAAGACAGAGAACCCGACUCAGAGCCAAUGCAACAGUGACAGUAGCCUGGAGGUGACCUCGCCCAACUCAUCAGGACCAAUCAGAAGAUCAGAACUACUAGAUUGAACCUACUUCAUUUAUUGCAUAAAAUGUCUGCACACAAUGUUUCGGGGCUCUCUUCAGAUAAUAAUAAUAAUAAUAAUAAUAAUAAUAAUAAUAUGCCAUUUAGCAGACGCUUUUAUCCAAAGCGACUUACAGUCAUGCGUGCAUACAUUUUUGUGUAUGGGUGGUCCCGGGGAUCGAACCCACUACCUUGGCGUUACAAGCACCAUGCUCUACCAGCUGAGCUACAGAAAGUGGAUACUCAUGGGUGCGCAUUGCAAUUGUAAAAUGUCAACACAAUUGGAGACACCGCGUCAUUUUUGGAGACAUGUUAUUGACAGUAAACUAUUGUAGAUGCGACUGCUAACUAAAUAAAACAUUUUAGCUGGCUAGCUAAUCAUCUUAGCUAAAUGUGGGGCAAACAAUUCAGUUAUUUACCGUUAAUUUGAGGGAUUGGGGUGAAAGAAAUCGAGUUACAUAGUGAUACUUUACGAUAUACUGUAUUGACAAUAUCGCAAUAUUUUAGCGCUAGUUGGCUGUACCUGCACCAAAACACCAUUAUUGUUCCUUCAUAGCUUGUUCUCAAUCUUUUCACAUUGGGAGCCAAUUAGUUUUCAGCACUUUUAUUUCCAUGACUGAUCAAAACUCGUUCUCAUGGCUUUCUGAUCCCUCUGCAACAGACAUAUGGUGCGCAAUAAAAUCACAGUAUCGAAUCGCAAUACGUAUAGAAUCAUGAGACUCGCAAUGCUGAUGCAUAUAUCUUAUCGUGAGGUUCCUGGCAAUUCCCAGGCCAAGUUCAUUUGCCACAACAAAUCUCUUCGCUAGCAAACGCGAUGUCUUCUCCAAAACGACAAUGUGUCUCCAGCAAUGUUUACUUUUUUGACGUUCUAUGGCAUCUCCACUUUCCAAGCAUAUAUGACCACAUGUAAUAUUUUGGUAAGUGAUGCAAAUAGUGAACUAUGUAGGGCCAGGAUGUAAAAUAUAUGUAGCUGCAGCAAUUUCUCUUAUCUGAUAUGGAUAUGCUUAAUUUAUAGCUCCCUAAGAGUUUGACGAACGGGUCCGUGAACGCGAUUCCAGAUAUAUUUACCUCUGAAUAAACUGCCUUUAUUACACCAUAUCCACAUCCAGUAAACUUGUGAUUAUCAACACUAACCUCAUCGUUGUGGCGGCGGACAGCUAGCCUGUAUCCCUCGUCAUCCAGUUGAGUGAGUGGCAAUGUCUUUUUUCGUUCGUACCAAUUUUUGGAAAAUCCUCGGGUGUAGGACUUUCCGCCUUUAGUAGAAACCUGUUGAAUUAUUAAAUUUGGUCUGGGAGGUCCUAAUUGUUUCGUUGCCAAUUUAUCUUCAUUUGUUCGCCGACAAAAAGGAACUUCUUUCAAAGACACAAUCGAGUUGGACUGAAGCCUAGCCAUUUUGAUAGUAGUAGUGAAUUGAUUGAGGCUGCUACCUGGUCUUUUCUUAGUUACGUUCAUUCGUGGUUACGUUAUGUAUGACGAAAGCGCGUAAGUGCAAGCCCACAGACACCCAUAGAGAAUGUAUUGAAAGCUUUGAAAUGUGAAAAAAAUAGAUUUUACAUGACAGGCUAUGAGAGACUUCUGGGCGAUUUUCAACCUGACUGAAAUCGCCCAAAAAACGGGCGGGGCCAUUUGAAGCACGACUUUAGCCUGAUUUGACAUUUAGUGGCUGUCAGAUCAGACGUGAACACUGAUAACUGCUGUUGCCGUGAUAUAAUUUUUUAUAAAUUUAUUUAAAAAAAAUAUAAUUUUUUUUUAUUUUUAUUUUUUAUAAUUGAUUAGAAAAAAAAUCCCUUCCUUUUCCCGUUUGGCAGUGCGUCGCCCAUAUCGCCCUAUUGAACAAGCCGUCCCUGUGUUAGACUGAUCUUUCCCAUGAUGAUGUGUGAAUUUGUUCUUUUAAAUUCAGAAUGACAUUAUGACUGUCUCUCUCCUUACAGCUUCACAGUCAUGAUGUGCAUUAGUGUGUCUGGCCACAGCAUUCCACAGGAGAUAGGUAGGAGAUGCAUACUGAAGUCAUUGAUUCCUGUUGAAACAUACAUAUUCUCUUUGAGUUUGAGUUUUCUGUUUGUUCAAGAUACUGUAAAUCCACUCUUGUAGUUCUAGAUGCAGAGCUUCAACUGGACAAGAUGAAACAGCCAAUGGCCAGGAGGACCCAGUUGCUGCAGACCAAUCUGCCCCAAGAGUAUUUCCAGCUAACCAUUCAGAGAGAUGUGGGAGUGGUCUGCAGGAACCAAACUGCUUACCUAAGGGUGGGUUGCUUUUGACAAUUUAGCCAAUUUAUAGGCCUGUAUUUUGUUUAUAGAGUAUUACAAUGGUCAGUGCUCAAAACCUGAAUGUUGCAGCAUUGUUCUUACCAGGCUGAUGCCUCCAAGUGGCCAUUCACUGAAGUGACACUACAACAGGCUCCAAUACUAUUAGUAACCUCAGAAACAUGUAGUGAACACUGCCAUUGUCAGUGGCAACAGACAAACCUGAAAGGGGAGUAGAUUGAUAUUGUCUUAACACAACAUGAUCCACUAAACUGCAGUAGAUUUUUACUGAAUUUAAAUUGAAUUAAGGGUAAAUUGCAUCAAUGUCAGUACUGCAUCCUGUCUCUCUUUCCAGCAUGAGUCAGAGUUCAAGGACAAGCUGAGCCCCAUCUUCAUCUCCCUGAACUACAGCCUGUCCAACUCCAACUCCCAGGAGGCCUUGCUGCAUGGCCAGAGAGCUGUGGUCACACAGGUGACAUCACACAUUAUAUUCUAAAUGUAUUAAUACAUUUUAGUUUGCAAAGGAAUAACAUUUUAUAAGUGGUGAUUACACAGUUGUAACUUAUGAAUUAGCCUACGUGUUUCUUUGUUUUGGUAUACAAAUGUGUCUAUGUGUCUGUGUGUUGUACAGACCAGGAUCAUUCUGGACUGCGGAGAGGACAACAUCUGUGUCCCUGACCUGAGGCUGACUGCUGAAGCGUGAGUGUCAAACUCCCCUGAGGUCCACAUCACUUAGUAGUGUCAUCUGUUUUCUUGGUCAAUCUACAUUUUCAAGACUUUUAACAAGUGAGAUCUCAUGGGAUCAGUGUGCUGGAAAAUAGGGUUACGUUAUUUGUACUACGAACCAUGCAGGUAACGGAAUAUCAGGGAAAUGAUUGUCUAGUUAGAGCAUUUUAUUCCUGUCUACUAUACAACCCUUUACGCCUCUACCUUUGACCCAUCCUCAGAGGUACCGACCGUCUUCUGAUAGGGGAUGACCACCCUGCCCUGUUGGUCAUCACAGCGGAGAACAGAGGAGAGGGGGGCCUACGAGACCGAGCUGGAGAUAAUCCCACCAACCAACAUACACUACCAGAGUAUGGUGACUGAUAGAGAGGUGACUGUCACUCUCCUGUUCAUAAUAAAAGGGAAUUGUUAAUAGAGUGAUAUCAACUGUCCCACGCACGUGACCUGCAGGAAAAACUCUGAGCCCAGAGUUUUGCUGGUCAGGUUACGUGGUCAGCAUAACCUACUGGCUCUACGUAAAACACACUGUCUGCAUCUGAAAUGGCCACCCUAUUCCCUAUUUAGAGCACUACUUUUGACCAGAGCUUCAUGGGCCCUGGUCAAAAAUAGUGCACUAUAUAGUGAAUAGGCUGUCUGAGUUUGCCAUCUCUCCCAGGGCUUCAGCAGGUUGAUCUGUGCUCAGAAGAAGGAGAACCAGACAGUGGUGGUGGUCUGUGAACUGGGGAACCCUAUGAAGCAGGGCCAGAAGGUAACCACCAUGUAAUUAUAGUAAAAGUAAAUACCCUUGAACGUGCCUUGCAUCUCCUGUUUCUGUAGCAUGAGGCAGCUUGAUGGACAGGACACUAAUCUAUCACAGGGCCUUAACCCCAAUCUCCUUAAUGCUGUCUGAGUGCCAAGCAGAGACUCAUCGGGUUCCAUUUUUACAGUCUGUAGUAUAACUUGGCCGGGGAUCGAACUCCCAACCUUCCAAACUCUGGCGGACACACUGAGUUGGCAUAGAGUUACAUCUAAAAUAAUAGUAAUUCAAUAGGAUUUUCUGUGGUAACCACUAACCAUAGCUAGUUGCUAGGGGAGAGGUGUGAAUGUGUUACCGAGACAUGUCACUGUGUGCUCUGGUUUCCUGUGAAUGUGUGAAAGCAUCAAGAAGGCUUCCGGUCGUUCUGGGUCUUCGCUGUCAACGGACGUGGAUGACAUGUGACUGUGUGUUUUACAAUAGCUUUGUUGUCCUGUCAGUCUGAAUGAUACAGUACAGUAUGUUCUUCUCUCUGUCUGUCGUAGCUCCAGGCCGGUCUGUUCUUCAGCGUGGGGAACCUGGAGGAGGUGGAGAGCCAAGUGUCAUUCACAUUACAGAUCAAAAGGCUAGAACAACACUUUCGUCCCGAUUUGUUGAUUUUAAUGCCCUCAAUGCCCCCAAGGCAUUGUUUUUAUGGUUUUUAUGUAACAUUUGAAUGUGAGAAUCAAGAUAAUAUUUAGUGUAGAGUGAUCAACACAAUGUAAGGCAUAUUUAGAGUCUCUGAGAUACACAUGGUUUACAUGCUGGUUAAUCCUGUCGUCUGUAUUUUAGACAUUCAAGGUGUCAGCUGAAGGUUCAUGGCUUUUCUAAUGAGACAAGGGAAAUGUUCAACACUCAUUCAGCUUCUCCGUUCCUUUAUUAUCUCUAGCAAGAACAGCCAGAACCCUGACAGUAACGUAGCCCAUCUGAGGAUUGAUGUCAGCGCUGUGGCAGCUCUGGAGAUGCGGGGGUGGGUGGGCCUUCCUUCAUUCUCCUCCAAUUAUCAUCAGAGCCAUAAACUGUGCUGUUUUGUGCUACCAUGGCAACGAGCACUCCUCCUGUGACCUUAGACACACUUGCUGUGUGACAAUUCAGAGCUGCCUUGGCAGACUAGUAGCAGACUGACUAUCUAAUAUCCAAAAGGGAUUAGUGAUGUUUGCCAUUGGAAGAUGUUGUCCUAAUGCGAGCGUAUUACAGUACAGUAACAGCAUGGUUUCCUCUUGUCCUUGUAGUUGUUGGCUUUCCCAGGACACGUAGUUACUAAUUAUCACCAGGGCUAUUUAACUAUAAGACCGAAAGGUGCAAAUUAAGCAUCCUGAAGCAGUCUGAUCCCUAUGUCCCACUGAGAUCAGUUAGAAACUAGGCAAUAUAUUGGAUCCCGGAUCGGCUGUCUGUGCUGCCAUGCAUGACAACAACCAUAUAAGCAUUGGCAAGACAGCAAAAAACAAUCUGGGACCAGGCUAGUGUUAUCAGUGUUGUCCUCAGUGUUUGGUCCACCCUUGUAGCCUGUUGUUUUUUGGACAGGGGCUCCUCUCCACCUGAGUGUGUCCUGCCCAUUGCCAAGUGGGAAGAGAAGGAGCAGCCUGCUGACCUGGAGGAGGUUGGCCCACUAGUGGAACAUGUCUAUGAGGUAACCUUAUUAUGGCUUACUCAGGUUCACUCAGUGAUUCACUCAGAAAAGAAACAAUGCAUUUAAGACAUUUGUCUCUCUGGGGUUGGUGCAGUUUCAGGCCAAAAUGCGUAACAUCUAUUUGAAGAGUCCAUAAGGCCCUUAUAGAGCAUGUUUUGUAUUCGUUAUGUCAUUUAUACAAAGACAAUGAGAUCCAACUUAGUGAGUGAAACCUGAAAGCAUGUGUUUUUGUGUUGAAACACUCAGUUGAGGAACCUGGGUCCGAGCACGGUCAACGCCAGGGUGGAGGUAGAGUUCCCCACCCGUCACCAUGGAGACUUCCUGCUCUAUGUGUUCGCCAACGCCUCUGAGGAUUUCCUCACCUGCCACACUGACUCCCCUGACAUCGACCCAUACCAGGUGAGAGAGGUAGCCAUGUUGUGGCCCUGCAGUGUGCCAGACAGCAAAUCUUUCUAUAGCGGGAAAAAAUAUGUUUUAUUUAAAAGGAAAUCACUAUUUUAUUUUAUGUUUGCCUUAAAUAGAAGCAAAACCACAUGUUCUUAUUCAUUCUUUUUCAUAUGAAAUUGGAGUACACUCUUCUGUUUUGGCAGUUGGUGAAGACUGGGAAUGCUACUGUUGGUACAGUGUACAAGGUCAAACAGAAUGAGGUGGCACGGCCGGAGACACAGCGCAAAGGGACCGUUCACGUGGUAAACAAGUUGUCGCCUCAUAAUGACAUGCAUCAGUGUACUUCUGACAGCAAUACAAUCAAACUGUCUUGUCUUUACUUGAUGCUGUACAGUGGCUAGUACCACUUUGCUGCAAUUUCAGUGACAACUUGCAAUAUUCUGUAUAUGCCACAAGAGGGGGAUGUACAACAAAAUAUUGCAUCUCUCAGGUGGAUGGGGACAUUCCAUUGAUGUGUUAUGGGGGAAACAAGUUGACUCAGUUCCGGUGUGGUCCUCUCUCGAUUUCUCCACAGAACUGCACCAGUGGAGAUACCUGUCUGAAGGUUUGUGUGUGAGGCCACAGGUCUGGAGAGAGGCUGGAGCGCUGUGGUGAAGGUGAUGUCCCGACUUGGGUACAGACUUUCCUGG